UAUAUAUGAUACUUACGUGCAUACGAUCCAACAUUUUAAUUAGAAAGAAAAAAGAAAAGAUCGUCGGAACGUUCGAGCAAUCACCGAGCUCGAUAAUGCUAAAGAUUAUUUUCGCGUUUGAAUAUCUCGUGUGACGUUUAAGGAGAUCGCUCGUUUUCGACGUACUUUCUUCCUCUUCCUGUUCCUCUUUCCUUUUCAGCUGCCACUCGAAACGUGGAAGAACAUUUCCUUGAUUAAAUACCGACGCGUAUCCGUCGUACUUGUAGUAUACGAACUAUCAGCCGAAUUUUCAUUCGAAUAACGAAUAAUAUAAAUGACGAUAAUAAUAUAAAAACGAUAUAUUUCAUUUUUCCACAAUUAUAUCAUAAUAAUCUAAUAUUUCAUUUGAAAAUAUGAUAUCGUCGGGAUCUAGGAGAUUCGUCUCACGAUAGAUGUGAUGACGUCAGAGCGCCGUUAUAUUCCAUCAUUUACGUAAGUAACGACGCAAAGGAAAAUGAGAGAGUUGGAAAACCGGAGAAAGGAGACGAAUUAGAAAUUUGUUUUCCUCCGGUCAUUGUGCAUAUAUACAUGCAUACGUACGUACACGUGUGUGUUGUGUGUGUAUAGAAGGAAAACGAAAAAAUAGAUUUAUCGUGGACGAAUCUAAAGGAAAACAAUCACAUUCGAUCGUUCCACUUAAUCUUUAAUUUUUCUUUAAUACUUCAAAUAUUUCCAAAUACAAAAUAAGAGUGCCAUUAUUAUUUUCCAAUUGGUCGAAAUAAAACGAUGAUCAUUUGCAUGAAACCGGAGCAACAUGGUGGAUCUCUGACGAAAAUCGUUGAGGAGAGAAGAAAGGUAGCGAACAGAGCGGUAGGGGAAAGUGGGUCCUCCACGUGUUCGCCGAUACGCGAGUACAUUCGAGUUCUUUCGUUCGUAGGCGCAACCGCGCUGCGCUCAUAGCUGCGCUCCUAGCUGCGCUCACAUAUGCGCUCACAGCUGCGCUCAUAGCUGCGCUCUCGGCCACUCGGAGGCCCGGCACGCAUCCUUCUUAUACUUUGCUCAUUGCGCGUUUCGUCUCGAAAAUAACGUUUUGUCAAUUAAUUUUCAAUAUUUUUCCCCUACCUCCCGGCGCCGUUCCUUCCUCAUACUUCGAGCACGCCAACUUUCUUGAUACUUUGUACUUUUUCUUUUGGCAAAAUAAGUUCAAGUAAAGUAAUUUUUCAUUCUCAAUCAUCUACGUGCCUGAAUGUUAUAUCACGAACCAAAGAAGUGCGGGAGAUGGCGGUCAAUCUCGAGAGAUACCUUUUUCUUCUUGUACUCUUCUCCUCGAUCUUCGUCCGUCAACACAACGUAGGCGCAGAAAACAAAACUCUGAAGGAUCUUUUCAACAGCACGUCCUGCGCUAAGCCACCUUUCGAGUGUCCACAUCCUCAAAUUGAAUUUUAUUUGUACACCAGGGACACGCAAAAGGAUCCUUUACUAUUGGACGUUCGAAGCUUCGAGUCGCUCUACUAUUCCAGAUUCAAUAAAUCCCAUAAAACCAAAAUCAUUAUUCACGGUUUUGGCGGUGGUAGAAACUUGGCACCUAGUACGGAUCUUAGACGUGCGUACUUCACUCGAGGCGAUUACAAUAUCAUUAUUGUCGAUUACGGCACGCUGGUACGCGAGCCCUGUCUCUCACAAAUACAAUGGGGACCAGAUUUCUGUUCCCGAUGUAUCGCGCAAUUGGUGAGAUACUUGAGGGACCAUCCUCGAGGUACAAGGGCGGAGAAUAUUCAUGUCCUUGGUUAUAGCGUGGGCGCACAUAUCGCCGGACUGAUUGCCAAUUAUUUGCCCUACGAUAAGCUCGGCAGGAUAACGGGCCUCGAUCCGACGAUAUUUUUCUACAUGAACGGGAAUCGUUCGAUGGAUUUAGACGAGACGGACGCCCAUUUCGUCGACGUCAUACACACCGGCGCCGGUAUUUUAGGCCAAUGGGGACCGAACGGACACGCGGAUUUCUACGUGAACGGCGGAUCGAGCCAACCCGGAUGCGCGACCUCCUCUCUGCUCCUUUCACCUCUUAGAAACGCUCUCCUGCGACCACACCAAAGUGACACCGUAUUACAUCGAGUCGAUCACAACGAAGAAAGGAUUUUGGGCAGCACCCUGCGGCAAUCUUUUCUCUUACCUGAUUGGCUGGUGCAAUCCGCCGUUGGAAAAGUACAUUCUCAUGGGAGAGGACACGCCGCAUACAGCACGAGGCAUCUUCUAUCUGUCAACAAACGCACACAGACCGUACGCCCGAGGACUUCCCGCAAAAAAGCAGCGACAGACAAGUCGGAAGCAAUCGUCCUACCGCCAGUAUUAAGCUUGCUUAAGCAGCUUAUCAAUAUAAUUAUAGAAUAGCGAAUCUGUCUACCUACUUAUUGAUUAAUUCAUUAAUAUCGUUAGUCGUCUAACGUUAGCGUUCGUCGUCGUGAUGAACGACGCUCUUUUAUUACGCUUCUUGUCCUAUGUUUCUCUUGUCUCUUCAAAACUUCUUACGUUCGUCAAAUUAGUUGUACGAUAAUAAAGACGUAACAUCUUUUUAUCGUGUUUCACAAACGACCCAAUUUACCCUUUGACCUAAUAACGGCACCGUUAAGUUUAUUUUCGGCCGGCUAAAAUAAAAGAAAAAUAAUCAAGCUCUUACUUUUUCAAUUUCAAUUUCUUUUUUUUUUUUUUCCUUUCAGAGAGACAACACGAGAGAUGAUUAAUCUCUUCUUCUUUUAAUCUCAUCUUUUUUCUAUGAGAUCAUCUUGAUGAGUUAUUCAUUGAUUAUUUUUAAACAUCGCGCCGUGCGGCCGCUUCAUUAUAAUAUUAAUUCGAUAAAGAAUGAUUAUCGCGCAAGUUCGAUCGCUCAGAUUUAACGUCUUUCAUACUUUUUCAAGGAAUACGAUCAAGGAAUACGCACAGAUACGAUAUUUACGUGUCUCUGCGCGAUGUGCGCUGUAUGCGUUUAUUAGAUUUCUUAUAUAAAACUCACUUACCUUAUUUCACAUCGUUCCUCGUUCCCAUAGAACACGCUUGUAUGAUUUUAUGUUAACAACAAUAUUUAUUACAUAAUAAUUAAGGACAUAAUAAUAACUUCUAUGGAUUUACAGUACAUUGUCGCACUAAACCUUAAUAUGUAUAAUAUGCAAUGGAAUGAUUACAAGUUCCCGAUACAAUCCUCGUUUCAAGCUGACUGCAUUUAUGAAUUUCUUUCUCUUUGCCUUUCUUCUCCUCUCCUCACCACUCCCUUCUUCCAUCUCUACCUUUCAUUUUUUUCUUUUUUUUUCUUUUUUUUCUUUUUUUUUUUUUUCCUUUAUAGAUUUCAUUUGGACGAGACAAUCAAAUAUACGAGUUUCAACUGCUUCCCUCUCGCUCCUUUCCAUUCUUUCUCAUUUCCUUUCUCUCCUAAAAGUCCACGUUACUUCGAAGGAGAUAUAUAUGCGUCUGGGGAUAUAUAUCUAUAUUUAUAUAUUAUUUUUCUUUUCAGAUGGGACGCUUCAGAAAGAUGCUUGUCGUCAGGAUCACCAUUUCCUUUUCCUUCUCCUUCCUUCCAAGACGUACUUCUUUAUCUUUCUUCUCUUUCUUCCUUUCUGUUUUUCUCACUUGUUCUGUUUCUUAAAUGGAGAUCUAAAGUCUGCGAGUGUCUACGUCGAAAAAGAGAAGUAGAUCCUGCGGACGAAAUCAAGCAUCGGCCCCUUAAAACGCAGGAAAGUUGCUUUUUUUGUUGUUUUUGUAGGUUUUUUUUUUUUUUUUAUAUAUUAUA